ACAAAAUCAUAUCCGAUACCAACAUAACAGAUGAAAAUGGGAUGCCGACUAGCGGGAUGCCGCCAUACAAAUUUUUCGAGCAUCAACCUCAGCCGAUGAAUGGGAUAAUCUGUUAUUUUUCGUAGUCAAACUUGCGCCAGUUGAACUCGGACCUCCAAGGGAAACGUAUCGAACAUAAAAAAAAAGCUCACCCAGUUUUAAUUCGCUUUUCAACUAUCCCUAAGUGAUAUGAGAUUGCAAAUCGAGAAAGGAUCAGAUUUUGAGACCGCUAUCGCUCAAGUGGGUUAUGGAAGAUAUCAGGGAAUUCUACUUGUUGUAUGCGGUGCUAUUUAUUCUGCAUGUGCCAUUGGAACCACUACGUUAUCCUUCGUAUUGCCAUCAGCAGAAUGUGACUUCCGUAUGACAUCUGCAGACAAAGGAAAGCUAAACGCUACGCCACUAGUCGGCAUGGUCGUUGGUUCUUAUAUCUGGGGAAAUGUUGCUGACGCCAUUGGCAGGAAACGAUCCCUUGUUGCUGCAUUGCUAAUGGACUCUCUAGCUGCACUGGCCUCUAGCUUAUCACAGACAUUUCCAUUGUUUCUGUUCUUCCGUUUUUUUAAUGGAUUUGGAAUCAUUGGUGCUCUUAGCAUUGUCUUUACAUACUUUAGCGAAUUUCUGGCAGCGAAGAACAGGGAUGUGAUGCUCUGCCGACUUGAAAUUUUUUGGACCCUGGGUGUCAUUUUACUGCCAGGUAUCGCUUGGGUUGUCAUUCCUCGUCCUUGGAUGUUGGGCAACAUUGAAGGAUUUUCAUUCAGUUCGUGGAGAAUGUUUGUAGCUCUGUGCGGAAUGCCCAGCUUAAUCAUGACUAUGAUUCUUUGCUUCUUUCCGGAAACUCCAAAGUAUCUAAUGACUCAUGGAAAAAUGGAUCGAGCUCUGGUCGUGAUGGAGACCAUGUUUGCCUUUAAUUCUGGAUUAGACAGAUCUGAUUAUCCGGUGAGAUCAUUGAUAAAUCCCACACAGAUCCAGCGACCGAGCUAUAAGAAUGAAUCUGCUAUUCGAAGACUCAGGCUUCGGUUGGGUAGAAUUUGGGAACAAAAGAAAAUCAUGUUUUCACCGCCUUAUCUUAGAUACAUAAGUCUCACAUGUUUCGCAGAUUUUGGUCUGAUGUUCAGUUAUUACACACUCAUGCUCUGGUUUCCCGAAUUGUUUGAACGUUUCCAGAAUUUCUAUCAGGUUCAUUCAGACAGACCAUCAGCAAGUGUCUGUGACGUAUCCUCCAUUGUUGUUGAUGGGGGUAAGAUUGAGUGCCCUAAGCCAAUUGACAGUACAGUGUUUCUGUAUACUCUUAUCAUCGGCUUGUCGUGCAUUCCAACUUCAGUAUCGCUGAGUCUACUGAUCAACAAGCUGGAAAAGAAAUUCCUACUAAUAUUUAGUUUCAUGGCUGCUGGUUUUGCUGCAUUAGGCCUCAACGUUGUCAAGAACUCCACUCAGAAUUUGAUACUUUCAUGCAUAUUUGAGGCAGUUACCAGUACGACUGAAGUCAUACUUUUCUGCGUGAUCGUAGAACUUUUUCCCACCAGUCUCCGGGCACUGGCUAUGUCACUGACAGUGACUUCUGGACGACUAGGUGCAAUUGCAGGAAAUGUGGUUUUUGGAGCACUUAUUGAUCUCAACUGUAUCAUUCCAAUAUAUAUGUUUGGUACAUUUUUAAUUUCAAGUGGGAUUCUGUGCAUCUUUAUACCAAAGUCUCCUAACAAAGGGUUGGCCUCACCACCGAUGACUCCAUAGUCGGUGGCUAUAACAAUUUUUUUUAUUGAAAAUCAACGCAGAGAUAUUCCCGUAGGAUCGGGCAACGUGAGGAUAAGGAAACCACUCACUGAAAAAAAAAAGAUAAAUACAUGAUAUAAAGUGAGCUGCGAGUCGCGGUCUACAGAUCUAAAAGUAUGAAAUUGACAUAUCAUUAUUGAAGAUUACAAACGAGUGUUCAAUCAAAUGUUCUUACUCCCUUACUGUUGUUCUACACAAUCAAUUACGCCAUGACGCGCACUGUCUAUUUCAUACUAUUCAAAAGGAGGAGAAAUUGCGGGAUAUUUGAAAUACCGAAUCUCGUAUCUAAUUUUUUUAAAUAAAACGCUUACUACAAUACGUCAACAAUAAAAGUGAAAUAUACUUUGGAUGAAGCGAUAUAAUCGUUUCUAAUAAUACGGCAAUGAGCACGUUAUUGAAUCUUGAACUUUUUAGGAUCUAUAGACACCGACUAGUAUGCUAAUUGAAAUGACAACGACGUAAUAAAAUAAUUUUGUACUUAA